AUGGAAUUACCUGGAAUUCCAGAUGCCAAAGAGCCAGAUGGCCCUGAAGAUGGCAUCGUGGUGCUUGAGAACAACUUGGGAGCAGCCAUUGAGGUUACGCUGGACCAAGAGGUAAAGGUGCUGUACCCACGGAAAAGUUGGAUCUUCGGCAUCACCCGAGCAUCUGACAAGCUGAUGAAAGUUCACUGCAGGGAUGACCCCAGCAUCUUCGGGACUCGGCGCGUUGAAGACGGCUUGACCCUUGGUGCAUCGGAGAGUUUCGGGUCUUUCGGCGUUGAGGUCGCGGAUUUCUUGCAAAAGGAGCAGGAGGAGGUGGAACGAGAGAAGUCCCUGCUGCAGGAACGGAAAAAGAGAAUGGAAGAGGAACUUGUGAAAGAACGCCGGACGGACGCGUUUCCCUUGUGUUUUUUUUUCAUAGCAGUGUUAUUGGGCCUCCUGGUGCUAAUGGCAUGUUUGGACCCCGCAGGUCACGAGGACUCCGCAAUAAUCCUGUGCUUGUUGCUGGUGGCGGGGCUGGCUGGCCUGUGCGGUUACAGCUUGACUGCUCUGAUUGCUGGUCUCAGUUUUUCAGGUCCACGACGGAAAGUGUUGGUAUAUUAUGGCAGCUUCGGCUGUUUCUUCCUGGGAAGCUUUACUGUGACCAUAGCCAUCGUGAGGUCUGUGAUGGCUGGAUUCUGGUGGACCGUGCUGGUAGCCGGACUGCCGUGCUGUUGCAUGUCUACUUUCAUGUGUGUGUUUUUGUUGUGUUGCUCCUCCGAAGAGAUGAUCAAAGCUGCUGAGAGGUCUGACAAGGAGGCAGUUGCCGAUCGGACCAUCGUGUUUCACGGCAAAGUUCUUCCAGCCUCCCUUACAUGCGUUUGCUCAUGGCCAGGCAAAUACGAGUCUGCUUGGGACGCCCUGGUCACAGGCAGCCGCAGUGGCAACGUCAGCGCGGCGGUGGUCUUCCUGCCCGAGGGUUCAAAGGAUUUCGGCAGCCACGACACAAUUCCCGAAGAGGAAAACUUACAGGGCAGCUGCUGGUGCGUUCCCCUUUAUGGGGAGAAAAAGCCGUGGGGUUGCCGUUGGUGGACAAAGUGGAUAGCAAACAUCGAAAGAGCGCAUGAGGAAGGCGCGGAAAUGGAGGUUUACUUCUUCAAAGGCAUGAAGAGUAGAGGUAAAGUUGAGGAUUUCUCAACGGCUGGUAAAGAGCACUUGAGACGAGAAGCCAUUCAAGCCAAGAAACGGCGCUUCCUCCAGUUGCAAGCAUUCUCCAACGCAUGCGACGAAGGGAUUGAAGACCUUUCGAAAGACCCACGUGGAGACUCUUCCUCGCAGUACUCGCGCGAGGUGCAACGGCUCUUUUUGGCGUGGCUUCCAGAGAAGAACGAGACUGCGUUGGUCCCUUACCGGUUUCUGCCAAAGUUUCACAGCAAAAUGAAUCAAUCCGAUGACUUGGUGGCACAGACUGGCAAUUCGACCAACAAACUCAGUUCAGCUGACGCUGUGAAGAUGGUCCGUGGAGAGAUGGGUCUGAAGAAUGUGGAGAUCAUGAUUCCCUUCGUCCGCACCCUGGAGAUGGCCAAGGACGUCAAUGAAGUGCUGGAGAAGAACGGUCUGAAGCGAGGUGAAGAUGGGCUCAAGGUGAACAUGAUGGCAGAACUACCCAGCAACGUGUUUUUGGCGGAGGAGUUCCUGGAGUACUUUGAUGGCUUCUCCAUUGGGAGCAACGACCUCACGCAGCUCACCUUGGGCUUGGACCGUGACUCAGGGCUGGUGGCCCAGUACUUCGAUGAGCGAAACCCUGCAGUGAUGAAGGGCUUGGAGACGUUGAUCAAGGCGGCAAAGGCCAAGGGCAAGUACGUGGGCAUCUGCGGCCAGGGUCCCUCGGAUCACCCGGACCUGGCGAAGUGGCUCAUGGAGCAGGGCAUCGACUCCGUGUCGUUGAACCCUGACUCGGCAGCUCGGUCGAACCUGCUGGGGCUUCGGGAACCAGCUCGUGCCCCCAACGAGGUGCCAGGCAGCCCAGGCAGUCUCAGCUUGCUGAUCUCAGAAAUCUCAUGUGUUUCGUUGCCAGACCAUUAUUUUGGCUCGAAGUUCGGAAAUCCAUCGGCCGCGAAAGUUGGGAAAUCUGCACGUUGGAUCGUGGUGCAGAGGCUUUCCUCAGAGUCCUGGUUGGCCAAGCUAGAGUGUGCGAAGUAUGUUUUUGACCACCUGCUGAAGGAAAUUGUGUUGCCAGUGUUUAAGUCCCAGGGCGGGAGAGGUCUCGGACAGCAGAGCUUCACAGGCACCCAGGGCACCCAGGGCACCCAGGGCACCCAGGGCACCCAGGGCACCCAGGGCACCCAGCUCGGCGCGGAUCGUGACGGCCAGCGCACCACAACAUGUGACGGAGUACAAGAGCCUGGUGGCGAGAGAAAUGAACCCGAAGACGAGAAGCCCAUGAUCGGUUUCCGCUGUGGACGGAUGCCUUCUUCGCCACAGAAUUGGAGGUGGGGCAGGUUCCUCCACAACGCCAUGGAAUUACCUGGAAUUCCAGAUGCCAAAGAGCCAGAUGGCCCUGAAGAUGGCAUCGUGGUGCUUGAGAACAACUUGGGAGCAGCCAUUGAGGUGACGUUGGACCAAGAGGUAAAGGUGCUCUACCCACGGAAACGUUGGAUCUUCGGCAUCACCCGAGCAUCUGACAAGCUGAUGAAGGUUCGCUACAGGGAUGACCCCAGCAUUUUUGGGACUCGGCGCGUCGAAGACGGCUUGACCCUUGGUGCAACGGAGAGUUUCGGGUCUUUCGGCGUUCAGGUCGCAGAUUUCUUGCAAAAGGAGCAGCAGGAGGUGGAGCGAGAGAAGUCCUUGCUGCAGGAACGGAAAAGGAAGAUGGAAGAGGAACUUGAAAAAGAACGCCUGAGGCGUCUGUCUAUUCAAAUCCCCUCUUAUUUCUCCUGGACAGCGCUGUCCUUGGGCUUCCUGGUGCUAUGGACGUGUUUGGACCCCGAAGACGCGGACUCCGCAGCGGAGCUGUGCUUGGCACUGGUGCUGUCGCUGGCUGCCCUGUGCAUUUGCAGCUUGAUUACUCGGACUGCUGGUUCCAGAUGUCAAGGUCCACGACGGAAAGUGCUGGCAGCUUGUGCAGGCUACGGCUGUUUCUUCCUGGGCUCCAUUACUGUGACCAUAGCCAUCGUUAGGUAUGUGAUGGCUGGAUUCUGGUGGACCGUGCUGGCAGCUGGGCUGCCGUGCUGUUGCAUGAUGUCUACUUUCAUGUGUUUUUCAUGUGGUGACUCCUUCGAGAAAAUUAUCACACGAGAAGAGAGGAGGGAGAAGCAGGCAGUAGCCGCUCAGCGCGGCGGUGGUCUUCCUGCCCGAGGGUUCAAAGGAUUUCGGCAGCCACGACACAAUUCCCGAAGAGGAAAAGCUAGAGGGGAGCUGCUGGUGUGUUCCCCUUUAUGGGGAGAAGAAGCCGUGGGGUUGCCGUUGGUGGACAAAGUGGAUUGCAAACAUCGAAAGUCGAAAGAGCGCAUGAGGAAGGAGCACUUGAGACGAGAAGCCAUUCAAGCCAAGAAACGGGACUUCUUCCAGUCGCAAGCAUUUUCCAACGCAUGCGACGAAGGGAUUGAAGGCCUUUCGAAAGACCCACGUGGAGACUCUUCCUCACAGUACUCGCGCGAGGUGCAACGGCUCUUUUUGGCGUGGCUUCCAGAGGAAGAACGCCACUUCAUGGAGGCAUCUGAAGGUCUGGGGAAUUCACAGAAGGCCGAAGUAGCAUGGCUUGAACGGAAGGGCUAUGCGUACACUGAAGUCGAAGUGGACAUCUCCCAAUGGUCCGUGGAGGGUCUGAAGAAUGUGGAAAUGAUUCCCUUCGUCCGCACCCUGGAGAUGGCCAAGGACGUCAAUGAAGUGCUGGCGUCUCGGCGAACGAGCUGGUUUCAAGGCUUGAAGGAGAAGAACGGUCUGAAGCAAGGUGAAGAUGGGCUCAAGGUGAACAUGAUGGCAGAGCUGCCCAGCAACGUUUUUUUGGCGGAGGAGUUCCUGGAGUACUUCGCGGUCAACAGCAAGAUGUUGUGCCAUGUUGCGCCGCUCAGCCGCACUCGCGUUGCCGGAGUGCUUCGCAAUGGAAUUGAAGGCGUGGCAGAUGCCGAAGAGCCAGAUGGCCCUCACAAUGAAAUGGUGGAGCUUGAGAACGACCUGGGAGGAGCCAUUGAGGUGAAGUUGGCUGGCGAUGGCAUUGUUGUGCUUGAGAACAACUUGGGAGCAGCCAUUGAGGUGACGUUGGACCAAGAGAUGAAGGUUCUCUACCCGCAGAAAAGUUGCGGCUUCGACAUCACCCGAGCAUCUGACAAGCUGAUGAAAGUUCACUGCAGGGAUGACCCCAGCAUCUUUGGGACUCGGCGCGUCGAAGACAGCUCGACGCUUCCUGCAUCGGAGAGUUUCGGGUCUUUCGGCGUUCAGGUCGCUAGUUUCUUGCAAAAGGAGCAGGAGGAGGUUGAUCGAGAGAAGUCCCUGCUGCGGAACCGGAAAAAGAGAAUGACAUGGGAACUGGAAAAAGAAACCCGGGCGCGUCUGUCUAUUCUGUCUUUUGUUAUCCCCUUGUUGUUCUCCUGCGCAGCAUUGUUCUUAGGCCUGCUGGUGCUAUGGACGUGUUUGGACCCCGAAGACUACGAGGACUCCCCAGUGCUGCUGUGCUUGGGAGUGGUGCUGUCGCUGGCUGGCCUGUGCAUCAGCAGCUUCAGUGCUCAGACUUUUGGUCUCAGCUGUUCAGGUCCACGACAGAAAAAGUUGGCGCGUUAUGGAAGCUUCGCCUGUUUGGUCCUGGGCGGCCUUACGGUGAUCAUAGCCAUCGUGAGGUAUUUGAUGGCUGGAUUCUGGUGGACCGUGCUGGCAGCUGGACUGCCGUGCUGUUGCAUGUCUACUUUGGUGUGUGUGUUGUCGUUGUUCGCCUCCUCCGAGAAGGCUAUCAUGACCUUUGAGAGGAUGGACGAGCAGGCAGUUGCCCAGCGCACCAUUGUGUUUCUAGGCGAAGUUCUUCCAGGCACCGGCAAAUGUGUGUGCUCAUGGCCAGGCAAAUAUCAGUCUGCUUGGGACGCCCUGGUCACAGGUAGCCGCAGUGGCGACAUCAGUGCAGCAGUGGUCUUCCUGCCCGAGGGUUCAAAGGAUUUCGGCAGCCACGACACAAUUCCCGAAAAGGAAAAGCUAGAGGGGAGGUGCUGGUGCAUUCCCCUUUAUGGGGAGCGAAAGCCGUGGGGUUGCCGUUGGUGGACAAAGUGGAUAGCAAACAUCGAAAGAGCGCAUGAGGAAGGCGCGGAAAUGCAGGUGUAUUUCUUCAAGGGCAUGAAGGGUAGAGGGAAAGUUGUGGAUUUCUCAACGGCUGGUAAGGAGCACUUGAGACGAGAAGCCAUUCAAGCCAAGAAACGGGACUUCUUCCAGUCGCAAGCAUUUUCCAACGCAUGCGACGAAGGGAUUGAAGGCCUUUCGAAAGACCCACGUGGAGACUCUUCCUCACAGUACUCGCGCGAGGUGCAACGGCUCUUUUUGGCGUGGCUUCCAGAGGAAGAACGCGACUUCAUGGAGGUAUCUGAAGGUCUUGGGAAUUCACAGAAGGCCGAAGUAGCAUGGCUUGAACGGAAGGGCUAUGCCUACACAGAAGUCGAAGUGGACAUCUUCCGGUGGCUUCAGUAG